ACUACAUGUAAACAAUCACGAACAGAAAUGAACUUCACCUUUUCUCAUAGUUUGUUGUUAAACCGGCUUCUAAUAUUGACACAAUGUCAGGAGCCGCCAAACUUAUACGCAAAAAUAUUUUUCAGACACAUAAAUCUGUUUUUGAAGCACUGUCUUCAAAAUGUCAACCGAUGCAUGCACAGUUGUAUCGCACCAGACCAAGUAAAUCUCACCCGCUACAGCUGAGUUUUCAUUCAACUUGUUUUUGUGAGAGAUUACCAUUCUGUUAUUUUUCACGCACAUGUGCAAAUGAUAGUAAGCAUGGUGCAAAAAAUACUUGGAAUCUAAAUUCUGAAGGAUGUCCACAAGGUAUUCAAGGAGAUGACUGUACUACCUUUGAGCUUUGGAAAAAAAACUGUCAAAAGUAUGGUUUGCAAAAUUGUAAUGAACAGCUACAAGGAGUACAGUCUGGAAGGAAAACUAUGGGAGAGAUUUUAGCUGAACAGGAGAAGAUAAUAGCAGAAAUAGCCAAACAGUAUGCUGCAAGAAAUGACAAGCACCGCAGUAGUUUCCAAGGAUCUCAAGAUAAUGCUCCUGUAUUCACUACUAGAGAUGAUUCUGGUCAUCAAGGUGUUCAAGAAAGCACCAAAAACGGCCAUAGCAGUGACAGGCACCACAGUAGUGCCCAAGGAGCUCAGGACAGCAGCCCAGCCUUCUCUGACAACAAAGAUUACCCAGGACCACAGGGUAUCCAAGGUACACAGCAUGAGAAGAAACAAUGUAAUAAUGUUUGUUUUCGGUUUGAGACAAUCACGCAACGAAAUUUCAGAGCUUGCCAUCAGAUGGCAUCCAAGCUAUUACUAGGCUGCCAUGUCAGACCUUCUGGGAAUGUAGCUCUGAGAUUGUUUUCAAGUGCUAAAAAAUAUCAGAUCUUUAUGAAAAGUUCUGUUUCUGCAUUUCCAUUCACAAAUCUGAAUAGUGUUCGUGCCAGCUCUACAAAAUCAGACAAUGAUUUAAAUCUCACUCGCGAUGCUUGCCCUCAAGGAAUUCAAGGAGAUGACUGUGUUACUUUUAAGCUCUGGCUGCGGAACUGUCAACGUUAUGGCAUUGAAAAUUGUAAUGAACAAUUACAAGGCAUACAGUCUGGAAGAAAAACUCUAGCUGAGGUAAUGGCAGAGCAAGAAAAACUAAUAGAAGAUGUUGCAGAACAUUACAGAGCUGCUCAUAGGAAAAACCAUCAACAUAGCAGCAUUCAGGGUUGCCAGGAUAGCUAUUCGUCAUUGCCAGAUAAAGAUUUGCCUUGCCCUCAAGGAGUGCAAGGUUUAGAUUGUGCACAGUUCAAACUAUGGCUUGAAAACUGCCAUAGGUUUGGCCUACACAACUGCUUGGAGCAAUACAAGAGCUUGAAAGAUGGACAAAAAACUUUGGCUGAGAUAUUUUCAGAGCAGGAUAAAGUGAUCAGAGAGGCUGCCAGCUACGCUUAUCAGAUAAAAAAACAGCAGUUCAGGAAAUACUCAACAUCCAGUAGUAACUCAAGUAACAUCCCACCAACAGAGGGCGCUGCAGAUCCGCCUGGUCAGCUGACCCAGAAACAAAAACUGAAGAGAGCUGUGAAAGAAUAUGGCAGCACUGUCAUUGUGUUCCAUGUCACAAUCUCGUUAAUGUCACUGGGUUUUUUCUACUUGCUAGUUUCAAGUGGCAUUGAUGUGGUCGGCCUUCUGUCAAAACUGGGCGUUGGAGAGUCGCUCCUCCAGAACAAGUUAGCCGCAGGAACUGGGACUUUUGUUGUGGCAUACGCCGUCCACAAGGUGUUUGCACCUGUGAGAAUAGCCACCACACUAACAGCCACGCCUUUUAUUGUUAGAUAUCUACGCCGUGUUGGAUUCUUGAAAGUACCCAAGUCUUGAGGCACGGAUUUCUCUCCCUUGUUGAUUAACCAGAGUUAUCUUGUGUUCAAAUAAUGAAUGUACUGUGUGUAAAGAACAAUGAGAUUUGUUUGUUACAUUUUCUGACCAGAUAACAGAAUGAUGAGAAAACUUUAUUAAAAACUUAUUGUUAUUGUAUCCAUGUUGAUUAGGUUUAUAUAAUCUAUAUACACAUCACUUGCAGUAAAAAAAAAAUACAACACAGUAUCUAUUCAUUGUAGACUUUUGUUGAUUAGUUACUGUAUAACCUCGAUUAUACUGCAGUGUUAUGAAGUGCAUUAAUUGAAUAGUUAGUGAUUAAGCAUUAUAAAACAGUCAAAUUAUUUAUUAGUUUAUGGAGGCAUAAGGUGACCAGGACAUCUUUGGGGCAAGGAUUUAGAUGUUUGGAAUGGUCAUUGAUGUAAGUUCCUAUUAGUUUAAUUCCACCUUUUCUGGUGCCAAAAAUUUCGUCUAUAAAAUUUUCUUUGUUUUGUAAAUCAUUUCUUAUGAGGUGCUAGAUGGUAAUUUUUUAUCUAAUAUCUAAUAAUUAAUAGUCUGUAAUCAUGGCUUGUAGUUGAAACUAAUACAGUAUACUGAGACUUAGGCAAUCAAAUUGAGUUCAAUGAAGAAGUGUUAUUGAACAUCAGAUUAAAAUAACGCUUGUUGGUUGCUCAAGUAUUUGAUUUGCUUAUACUCAGUAUUCUGUAGUGAUCUUGUAAUAUCUUCAAUAAAUCCAUGACGUAUUGAAAUAUCACAAUAUUACUUUUUGAGGGUUUAUAAAACAGGUAUGUUGAAAAUGCAUUACUUUAGUGUGACUAAAAUGGCUCAUUUUAUUUUAACCAGAAGCAAAUCAAAUUUUACUUUGCUAACCAUUUUUCUUGUCAACAGCCAGGGUUACAGCCCUAAAGCUGUUGGCAGCCUAGUGCCAUGGUACACCUUUCAUUAUUGCUUUUAUUGAUUGAUAUUUAUUUAUUUACAAUUGAAUUUUUUUUAUUGUUGUUAUACUUUACCUUUCUUUUUUAGUAUACUGACAAGAAAAUAGAUCUUGUAUUUUCUCUGAUUACAUUUUGAUAGUUAUUAACGAAAAUAAUUCAGACAGAUAACCGUAGUAUGUUAUUAUUAAGCAUCUGUAUCAUUUAAAAGUUUUGUAAAGGAUAUUAUCCCCUUUAUAUUUGUUAUUUAUAAAGUCCACAUUUUAAGUUUUAAAAUGUUGAUACUAUUACUAGACUAUUUUUUAAUAAUAGUCAGAGAACGAAUUUUGUCUCAACAUAUUUGAAAAGCUUCAGAUUGUGUUUAAUUUCACAUCAAACUUUAGAUUGUACACGUUUUAAGUAUGCCUUGUGAAUAUCAGAUUUUUCAGAUGAUUUCACUUUAAAAGAUAUUCACCAAAAAUUGGUUGGUUUCAAAAUAAUAAAUUUGAAUACAAA